ACAAUCGGUGCGAGAUUGCCCUUUUCUCUUCCUUAUCCCGUUUAUAUGAUCGGAGAGGAGCUGCGCUUCAGGUUGGAAGCGGUGCGAUCAUGGCCGAGCGAGUCCAGCAGCCCCCAGCCAAGCGGCUCUGCUGCAGGCCCGGCUACAACCCGGCGUGCAGGCAGGGGCAGCGGGCUGGCGGAGUCCUGUGUGGCGGCGCGGGGUCCGCUCCGGGCGGGUCGGGGAACGGAAAAACGCACAACCCGGAGUCGUUGCUCGACAUCGCGGCGCGCCGGGUCGCGGAGAAGUGGCCGUUCCAGAGGGUGGAGGAGCGGUUCGAGAGGAUCCCGGAACCCGUACAGCGGAGGAUCGUAUACUGGUCUUUCCCGAGGAGCGAGAAGGAGAUCUGUAUGUACUCCUCUUUCAACGCCGGAGGAGAGGAGAGUGGAACUAGCGGGGACAAUAAUGACGAGACCCAGCUGCCUUUCUUGCGGGGUGUCACUCUGCUGGAGGGCGGCUGGGUGGACAACGUAUUGCAAGUCGGCUUCCAUCUCAGCGGCACAGUGACGGACCCCGCCACGCCCUCGACCCCGGAGCUGGUUUGCAGCGUCAGCGUCAGCUUCGACCGCUGCAAGAUCACGGCGGUAACGUGCACCUGCGGCAACAAAGACAUCUUCUACUGCGCCCAUGUAGUGGCGCUGUCGCUUUACAGAGUACGGAAGCCCGAGCAGGUCAAACUGCACCUGCCCAUCUCGGAAACCCUGUUCCAGAUGAGCAGAGACCAGCUGCAGAAGUUUGUACAGUACCUGAUUUCAGUCCACCACACCGAAGUGUUGCCUACCGCGCAGAAACUGGCCGACGAGAUCCUGUCGCAGAACUCCGAGAUCAACCAGGUCCACGGGGCCCCCGACCCCACAGCAGGAGCCAGCGUGGACGACGAGAACUGCUGGCAUCUCGACGAGGAGCAAGUCCAGGAGCAAGUCAAGCUGUUCCUGUCGCAGGGAGGGUACCACGGCUCGGGCAAGCAGCUCAACCUGCUCUUCAGCAAGGUGAGGGAGAUGCUGAAGAUGCGUGACUCCAACGGAGCGAGGAUGUUAACACUGAUCACAGAACAGUUCAUGGCCGACCCUCGGCUGGCGCUGUGGAGACAGCAGGGCACCACCAUGACGGACAAGUACAGACAGCUCUGGGACGAGCUAGGUGCCCUGUGGAUGUGCAUCGUACUGAACCCCCACUGCAAGGCGGAGCAGAAGUCAUCGUGGCUGCGCCAGCUGCGCAGAUGGAACAGCGUGGACGUCUGUCCCUGGGAGGACGGUAACCACGGCAACGAGCUGCCCAACCUCACCCACUCACUGCCUCAGGGUGCCCAUGGCAACCAAGAGAUGCGCCCCCACAGGACUGUGUUCACACGGGCCAUCGAGGCCUGUGACCUGCACUGGCAGGACCGACACCUCCAGCACAUCAUUGCCAGCGACCUCUACGCCAACUACUGUUACCACGACAACCAGGAGGGCUCCCUCUUUGACACGCGCGGCUGGCCCUUGUGGCACGAACACGUCCCAACGGCCUGUGCCAGGGUGGACGCGCUGCGCUCGCACGGGUACCCGCGAGAAGCCCUCCGAUUGGCCAUCGCCGUGGUGAACACGUUACGGCGGCAACAGCAGAGGCAACUGGAGCACUUCCGCCGACACAAGAAAGAGCUGCUCCAUAAAGGCCAUACGUCCAUAACCAACAUGGAGGGCUGGGUGGGGCACCCACUGGAUCCCAUCGGUACCCUGUUCAGCACCCUGACAGAGUCAGGACGAGGGGGAGAGGAGGGCUCCAACACCUGCUUAGACCUCUCAGACUGCUCCAGCGUCGUGAGCCGAGCGGAGCUGCAGCGGAUGCCCGUGCAGCGACUGCUGGGGGACGGCGAAUCGUACAUCGCGCUGGCAGUGGAGACGGCUCUGAUUGGCUUGGGCCAGCAGCGGGUGAUGCCCGACGGGCUGUAUGCCCAAGAGAAGGUGUGUCGCAACGAAGAGCAGCUAUUGGCCAAGCUGCAGGAAGUGGAGCUGGACGACUCUCUGGUCAAAAUCUUCCGUAAACAGGCCGUCUUUCUGCUGGAGGCUGGUCCGUACUCUGGCCUUGGAGAGAUCGUCCACAGAGAGAGUGUUCCCAUGCACACCUUCGCCCGCUAUCUCUUCACCUCUCUCCUACCUCACGACGCUGAACUGGCGUACAAAAUUGCACUGAGAGCCAUGCGGUUGCCGGUAUUGGAGUCGACGGCCUCGUCCGGUGACCUGUCGCGACCCCACCACAUCGUGUCGGUGGUGCCCAACCGCUACCCGCGCUGGUUCACCCUGAGCCACAUCGAGUCCCAGCAGUGCGAGCUGGCCUCCACCAUGCUCACUGCUGCCAAAGGGGACAGCCGCAAGCUGGAGACGGUCCUGGAGUCCAUCCAGAAAAACAUUCACUCCUCGUCUCACAUCUUCAAACUGGCACAAGAUGCGUUCAAGAUCGCCACCCUGAUGGACAGCCUGCCUGACAUCACGCUUCUCAAAGUCUCACUGGAGCUGGGACUGCAGGUGAUGAGAAUAACCCUGUCCACCUUAAACUGGAGGAGGAGAGAGAUGGUGCGCUGGUUAGUCACGUGUGCCACCGAAGUGGGUGUGUACGCGCUGGACAGCAUCAUGCAGAGCUGGUUCACCCUCUUCACCCCCACGGAAGCCACCAGCAUCGUGGCCACCACCGUCAUGUCCAACAGCACCAUCGUCCGCCUCCACCUGGACUGCCACCAGCAGGAGAACCUGGCCUCGUCCGCCCGCACCCUCGCCCUGCAGUGUGCCAUGAAGGACCCCCAGAACUGCGCCCUGUCGGCUCUGACACUCUGUGAAAAGGACCACAUUGCCUUCGAGACAGCCUACCAGAUUGUACUGGACGCGGCGGCGACGGGGAUGAGCUACACGCAGCUGUUCACCAUCGCGCGCUACAUGGAGCACCGCGGCUACCCGAUGCGGGCGUACAAGCUGGCGACGCUCGCCAUGGCUCACCUGAACCUCAGCUACAACCAGGACACGCACCCGGCCAUCAACGACGUGCUGUGGGCCUGCGCGCUCAGCCACUCGCUGGGGAAGAACGAGCUAGCCGCCGUCAUCCCCCUGGUGGUCAAGAGCGUGAAGUGCGCCACCGUGCUCUCGGACAUUUUGCGGCGGUGCACGCUGACCACGCCGGGCAUGGUGUCGGCGCUGCACAGCCGCAGGAACUCCGGGAAGCUAAUGUCCCUGGACAAGGCGCCGCUCAGGCAGCUGCUGGACGCAACCAUCGGGGCGUACAUCAACACCACACACUCGCGGCUCACGCACAUCAGCCCGCGCCACUACAGCGAGUUCAUAGAGUUCCUGGGCAAGGCCCGGGAGACGUUCAUGAUGGCUCACGACGGACACAUCCAGUUCACCCAGUUCAUAGACAACCUGAAACAGAUCUACAAGGGCAAAAAGAAACUCAUGAUGCUGGUGAGGGAGCGCUUCGGCUGAGGGCGAGACGGGGGGAGGAGGGACGGGGUCGGCCAAAAGCUCACCUUCUCCACCCGAGUACUUUUCUAUUAACUUGAGUCUGCCUUUUGAACUUCUUUUGGACGUAUAAAAUAAGUAAAACGAGGGAUGUGACUUGUAGAAUGAAGCAAAAUGAGAAAGGAAAAGAUGACAAAAAAAUCAACAGAGCCACAAGCGGUAUUAUUGUUCUUGCUGUUGUUAUUGUUAUAAACAUUAUUACUAUUAUUAUUAUUAAUAAUAUUAUUACUACUAUGUGUACAGAAGUGUUUUUAUUUUUCAGAAGAGAGGAAAUUUGUCACGUUGUGAAUGUUGUGUGUAUUUCUCUACAUGUGUGCGAGAGGAAAAUGAAACCCUUUUUUUUAGUUUUUAGUUUUUUGUUCUUUUAUUUCUAUGAUUUAAAGCAUAUGUUCCCUCCCCUCCCCCCUUUUUCCAGUGUAUAUCGAGUUGUAUGUUGUGGAGUGGCUGAAGCCCUUUUACAACAGCGAUCAUGAAAAAACACAAAAAAGAAGAAGAAGAAGAAGCAGAAGAAGAAGAAACAAAA